ACACGCGGGCCGUUUCUUAAAAUCCAAGAGUACAAAAGAUUCGCGCUAUUGUCCUCUCGUUCAUAUUUACGACCAAUCGCAUGUUAGAUGAUAAUGCUGGGUCGACGGUUUAGACACUAACGAGUCAAUAGCAGCAUGGAACUCAACAGAAAUAUUAGCGGCAAUUCCUUCCACUUUCGACGGCAAGAUACACAAUUGCUUUAUGUUUAACGAAUACAAUGAAACAGAAAAAUGCUCCAAAUGGGUUUUUGACACCAAAUAUAGAUCGUCAUCGCGCGCUAUUGAAUGGAAUUUCGUUUGUGAUAAUAGAUGGAAGGGAGCUGUAGCGCAAACUGUUUACAUGUUAGGAGUAUUCACAGGCGCAGUUGUAUUAGGAGGAAUGGCAGACAAAUAUGGCCGUAAAACAAUAUUUUGUUGGUCCGGAGUUCUACAAUUAAUUCUUGGAGUAGUUGUGGCAUUUAUACCUGAAUAUUGGACGUUUUUAGUCAUUCGAUUCCUGUAUGCAAUAUUUGGAUCAGCUGGCGCUUAUAUCACUGGUUUUGUUUUGACUAUGGAAAUAGUUGGAGCGAGUAAAAGAACAGCUUGUGGGGUGACUUUUCAAGCGGCUUUUGCUGCAGGUAUAAUAUUAGUAGCAGGUUGGGGGGCACUUAUAGACAAUAGACAAAUUUUACAAGUCGUUUACGGAUUACAUGGUCUAUUAUUAAUUCCACACAUUUGGAUAAUGGAUGAAUCUCCGCGCUGGCUAUGGGCUCAAGGUCGAGCCAAAGAAGCUGUAGAGAUAGUCGAAAAAGCUUUAAAACUUAAUAAAUCUGAGGUAGUGUUGGAUAAAGCACAACUAGUGUCAAAAGGGAAAAUACAAGUAAAUGGUGAUACCGAUGCUCCUUCUGCCAGUACGAUAGAUUUAUUUAAAUCCCCAAAUUUAAGAAAUAAAACUUUAAACGUUUGUUUGUGUUGGUUUGCAAACUCAUUAGUAUACUAUGGGUUGACACUCAGUUCCGGCAAGAUAGAAGGUAAUCCAUAUUUAAUAACUGCUAUUUUUGGAUUUGUGGAAUUUCCAAGUUACGCUGCAGUAAUUUACUUCCUUGAUAUUUGGGGUCGAAGACCCUUAAUAAGCUCUAUGAUGUUAAUUGGUGGUGCCGCAUGUAUAAUUGCUGCUUACUUACCGUCUGGAAGUAUAUUAGCAACAUCUAUUGUUAUAGCAGGAAAGUUAUUUAUUGCGGGAUCAUUUGCCAUUAUUUACAAUUACUCUGCUGAACUUUUUCCUACAGUUGUAAGAAACUCAGCUUUAGGCUUAGGUUCUAUGUGUGCCAGGUUAUCAGGAGCUUUGACACCUUUGAUAUCACUACUAGAUUCCUUUGACCCGAAAAUUCCUGCGGUGUUAUUCGGUGUUAUAGCUCUUGUAUCUGGCUUUUUAACUCUAUUCUUACCUGAAACAACAAAUCAACCAAUGCCCCAAUCUUUGGCUGAAGGGGAAAGUUUUGGGAAGGGAGACACGUGUUUCACUACUUGUCUGGGUAAGAAAAGAAGUAAAAGAUAUUCUGUGGAAGAUAAAACACCUGAGGCCAUGGUUCCAUUAGAAGACAUGAGCAAAAAAGUUUGAAACACUAAAUGGACUUUAAAAUUAAAACGGUUCGGACAAUAUUUUACAAUGUCUAAAAUAAAUAGUACGUAAACAAAUACUGCGCUUGGAGUAAGUGCGUUACUUUCUAAUGUUUAAGAAUCUCCCUGAAAGAACAAAAAUCUCAACUAAAACUAUGCAUAAAGGAAAACACCAGCUAACUUAGAUUUAUAUGUUUUAGAAAAAUUAUUUUUAAAAUUAUGAAAUUAAAAUUAUAUAAUAUGUCAGGGCUAAAAGUCGAAGUGCUGUUCUAACCUAGGUUUAGCCGGUUACCCAAUUGCGGUUGAGUAUUAGACAUGUUCAAGGUUAAAACUAGGUAGCUGGUUGCUUUCGAGUAAAACAGGUAUAGAUAAGUUCGAAUAAUAAUUAAAAUGCCCAUGACUUCUAUUAAUCUAGCAUCUAUCAAUUAUCUAUUUAUCUAUUACUUUAUUAUUUAGUACGCCUUGAGAAAGAAAUAAAUGGAUUUUUAAUUUUUUUUUAAUCAAUUAAUAUCAGCGACAGUAGGUAUAUGUGUAUGACUUCUGUUAAAUUUGUCUCAAAUACGAAAGUACACAUCAAGUAAUACCGGCGACAGUAGAUUAAGAUGCAACUGGGGUGUCCCUUGGACCACUCCAAAGCCGUGGACAUUAUUAAUACUUUUAAAUUAUUCGGACAAAACGAAUACACCUAAGUCUAUAGAACUGCUUUUAACCAACCGCAUUUGGCUGCACCUGGUUGUAUCCCGCUAAACAUAGGUGUGUUCGUAUCUUGAGCUUUUAUUCGUAACAUAUAAAUAUAAUUUAUAAAAAAAUGUUAGGUAAUAUAGAUAAUAUUAUAUUAUUAUGUUAAGUAAGUGUGAAUGUUAGAUAAAAAAAACUUAAAAAGUACUCCUUAAUUUUAUAAUUCUCAUGGCAAAGUGAUUAACAAGGAACUAAAAUGAACUAUUCGAAAUAUAUAAGUUUAAACCUAGUUUAAAAUUUUAAAUCCUCAGUUCCUUUAACGCACCAAAGUAUUCUAAACAUUGUAAGUAAGAUAUUAUGCUAAUAAAGAUGUAAUUUUUAACAGACUUCCAUACAUUUGUAGGAUAUAAAUUCGAAUGUAUUGUUUUUGAUGUACUAUGUUACUACAAUAUCUUUGAGGUUAGAUAACUGAUGCUUAGGUCUAAAAAAAUACCAAAUGUAAUAUAUAAUCAAAAUAAUAAAUCAUACUGAUUUAUAACAUAUAAAUCACAAACGGAUCUAAUGAUGAUUGAAAUCUGUUUUACUCUUUUAAAAAAUUAAAUUUUUAAAGACAUUAAAAUUCUCGAAAAAGACGUUAAAUGUUAUAAUUUUGUUAAUAGUACCUAUAUUAGUAAAAGGUAUGUAAAUAUUGAUGUUGUAUGCUAUAUUGGGAAAGCCAUAUAUUUUUUUUAAAUCAAGAAUAUUUAGUGCCUCCUUCAAUUUCUAAAAUUAUUACGUACUCAUAGCUCUACAUCUCAGAUUGCUGUAAAUAAAGCCGGUGCCAAAUAUAGCAACAACAUUUGAACACUUAUUCGAAGGAAUUUGAACACUUGUUUGAACACUUAUUGGCGCAGAACGCAGACAUGCUAUGCAAAUGCAUCUCUUCACAGUACCAAUGUUGAUAAACGACAAACGAGAUGGACGACGAUUUUGUGGAUGCAGUGUGCCUGUAAUUAUUUAUUACAUGUGCAAAAAAAUCUAUCAAAACGGCCGAAAAGUAGGCGCGAAUGGAUGUACAUUACAUUAACACUCACGUCUGUCACCCGGAGUGGUAGGCAGGGACUACGGACUUCCAUUUGCCACGAUCCUGACACACCUCUCUCGCCUCUUUUACAUCCACAUAUCUAUGCAUACAUACAUGCUCGUCGAUUAAGGGUACUCGCUACUAAUCUAGUCCAUUUUCAAUUUGAACACUGUCGACUUUGAACGCUUUGAUGUGCGCCAAAAAAACCGAAAUCGCUUGGCAAAGUGCAUUUCUUUGCGCACUUAUUUGAAUAAUAUUGAUUCAAAGUCCCGUGCCACACAUAGUUUUAAACAAGUGUUUAAACGUUUAAAGCUGUAUCUAACGCCGGCUUAAGACUGCUGCGCACAUUUAAACUGAUGUGAUGUAGCAAACUAAGUCAAAACCAUGCCCUACUUAUUGAAAAAACAUGCACUCGCAUGCUCAUUAGCAUCUAAAAAUUUGUAGUCAACAACAUGCUUUGGUCUGCAUAUAUUAUGUACGACUUUUACGGGCUGUUAAAAAAGAAACAAGAAAGAUGCGUGCGUGAGUUCGCAUCAAAAAGUUGAGCAUGGUUUCGGCGUCACUUAAAAUGUACGCAUCGCCCUAAUAUUUCUUUAUUGGCGCCCUAAUAUUUUUUUGGGGCUUACAGGUUUAGAUAAUAUUUUCGGUACUUUAGGUUAUUUACCAAAGUGACUAGUUGACUUGUAUAUUUGUUAUAAAUGUGAUGUAAUAUGAUAUUUCUAUUUAAUGUUUUAAGUUAGGAUUUUAAGCUUUUUUAAUGUUAAUUGCAAUUUUAAAAUAAUUUCUUCAAGAUACAAGGUACAUCCUGUACCUACAUGUUAACUUGUCAUAUUAUCAGAGUAAACGAUUGAACUUCGAACUAUUGUUAUUGUCACUUUCAUACGAGUAUAAAUAAAAUUGGAUCUGCGAAAAUAUAUUACUAUAACAAAUU